UUGCGUAAGUUUUAAGUCAAAAUGAAUAGGUGUAAUCCAGGUAAGUACGUUGUUUAUUAUUUAUUCUUUAAGUAUACAAAGUGUUUGUAAAAAUGGAUAUUAAUAAUUAUCAAUAUUAUACAUUUAAAAAAAGUUAGGUUAAUUAUUUUUUUACAUUUAGUAUUAAACUUAUUAAAUUAUGAAAUAUUUUGGUCUUAAAUAAUUAGAAUAAACCUGGGAUAUAUUUAUUUAUAUAAGGAGACUGAUAUUAACAAACUACUAAUAAGUUACAAAUCUUCUAAUUAAAAUAAUGGGUAAAUAAAAAGUAUACUUUUAUUAUUAUAAGAACGUAAUAUGAGUUGCCUAUGCAUUGGAUGAAAUUUAAAACUUCUUUUUUUCUACUUAUGUACCUAUGUAAUAUUGUAGUUAAUAUUUGAAAUUUUAAUUAGUUUAAUUUAUUACAGAACCCCAUUUUAAAAUCGUUGAGACGAUAGAAGCUGGAAGGUCGGUCUUAACUGUUGUUCCACACAAGUGGAUAAAAAACAAAAUUUUAUUUUGGCCACCAAAAAACGUGAAAAAUCUGAUAAAGGAUGUCAAUUCUACUCCAGACAUUACGUGGAAUAAAAUAAUAUGUCGCAUCAAAAGAAAUUAUUAUAAAAAUCGCAUUGCAGCUGAAACUGAACUUUUAGAAAUGUCGGGAGGUUCGGCAACGUCUUCAACUGAUUCCGAGGUUUUAGGAGAAAUGAAAGAAAAAAAUAAAGUAAGAAACACAAAAAAGGUCACUAGUCAACAAAAUUUUGAAACUCUGUUUGCAUCAUCAUCGUCAAAAUUUUGUUCGUUUCAACCAAUCAUACCGGAAGAAACUCCUGAGCCUGUUGUUGAAAGCGAAAAUAUAAUUUUGAAAACCAAUUUUUCGGAUGAGGCAAUUAUUUCUCCUGAAGCAAUUGCAAAUGCGCAGUUUUUAAAUGUCAUCGAACAGCCUUUGAUUGGAGAAGAAAGUAAAAACGACAUUAUUAACAAGUUGAAUGACAUUGAGCAAAAAUUUAAUCAGUUUAAAAAUGAUAUAACAGAGAGCGUAAAAGAUAUGUUGGUGAAGGCAGUUGCGGCAAUUAAAUCAGAUUUUGAUGCCAAAUUAUUGUCAGCAUUGCAGAAUUUUAAAAACAAUCAUCAGGAUGAUGACAAUAUUCAAUUUGAAUUUCAUGCCGUUUCAACCUCACAGGAGUUAAGUCAAUUAGAGGAAAAUCUCAAAGAUCCAAAUUAUGAAAAGAAAGUAAGAAAUUAUUUUAAAAAAAUUAUUGGUAAUAUUCCUGAUACUAGUAAUGGUUUGGAUACCUGCUAUAGUAUUGUAGAUUAUUUUUUUGAGAAAAAAUUUAUGGUGCAGUGUUCGUGGACGGGAGGAAGUAGAAGCAACACUGAAAAAUGUUGUAUUAAAAAUUGCAAAAAUAUUUUAGAAGUGUUUUUUACAAUAGUCCAAAGUUCCAAUAAAGAUUUUUCGAAGGCUUUGUUGAAAAAAUUUAUAAUUGGAAUUACAAGAAAUGCAAAGAAGCGUAGUUUAACUGGAGGCAUCCGCCAAUCUUCAAUACAUAGAAGAAAAAAAUCAAUGGUUAAAAAACAACGUUUAAGUGGAAACAGAAAAGUUGUUGCUCAAAGACAAGGUAAAGGUACCUAUAUUAAAAAAAUGUAUAACAUAAAAAUUAUUAUUUCAGGCGAAAAUGAAUUUUUUUAUGAAAAUGAGCAAUCAUUUAAUGAAGAAAAAGAAUAUGAUGAAGAUAACGAUGAAUAUGGUAUGGAAAAAUAUGAAGCUGACGGUGAAGAUGCUAUAAUAGAACAUGACGAGGUUGAAGAGGAAGAUAAUAAUGAUACAGACACGGACUAAAAGAACAUUUUUAUUAAAAAAACUUUUUAAUUUACAUUCAAGUUUUGUUUAUUUUUAAUAGUGUGUAGAAGAGGAAUAAAAACAAUUUUACUUUCA